AUGGGUGUUGCAGGACUGUGGGAGGCAAGUGUUCUUCGACCAGCUGCUGAGGUUCGCUCUCUGACAGACCUUGCAGUCUCAGAUGGAUUUGUCGCGAAUCCGGGCGGCCGACGAGGAUUUCGAAUCGGGAUUGACGCGUCUAUUUGGUUCUUCCAUGCAGCCUAUGGAAGAGAAGGCGAAAACCCGGAGCUGCGCACGCUUUUCUUUCGAUGUUGUCGACUUCUUCAAUCUCCCCUACUCCCCCUCUUUGUGUUUGACGGACCCAAACGUCCCGCCGUCAAACGCGGCAAACGUGUCGGUGGAAACGCGCACUGGCUCACAACGGGUAUGAAGAACAUCAUCCAGGCGUUUGGCUUUGAAUGGAGAAUGGCACCCGGUGAAGCAGAAGCUGAACUUGCAUACCUGAACAGAAUUGGUGUCAUCGACGCUGUUUUGUCGGACGAUGUAGACAACUUUCUCUUCGGCGCCACUAUGGUCAUCCGCAAUCCAAGCAGCACGCUUUCUGGUAAUCGCUCGCACCCCGUCAAAAAUUCAGAGGGCAAAGAUGACGGUAAUCACGUGCUAACUUAUCGUGCUUCCUCUCUUUCAACUCACCCGGACGUACAAAUCACUCGUGGGGGUACUAUUCUUAUUGCCCUUCUCUCUGGAGGCGAUUACAUACCGGCAGGGCUUCCAGGCUGUGGAAAGGCCUUCGCUGUAGGGCUUGCUCGUGCAGGUUUUGGAGAAUCUUUGAUGCAUGCUGCCACUACACUCAAGGCAGACAAACUCGACAACUUUCUGAGCGAAUGGCGCAACCAGAUAAGGGCAGAACUCAAGUCAAACAAGAGUGGUUUUUUACCGUCCAAAAAGCCUUCUCUUGCAGCUUCUCUGCCAGACUCGUUCCCAUCUAUUCCCGUCCUCUUGUCAUAUAUUUCUCCGAUCACGUCCGAAACGGAGCGACCACGGCAUCCCCCACCUCCCGUUUUGUGGCCAAGCGAUCCGGAUCCAGCACAGAUAGCUUCCCUCUGUGAACUGUAUUUCGAAUGGGGUGUCAAGGAUAUCAUUAUGAAACGUUUCAGAACCGUGUUAUGGCCAGGUAUCGUGUGUAGGGCUCUUAGACGCAGAGUCAUCGACGCCGAGGCGGUGUCAGAUUGUGAUCAGGACGGCUCUACCAGUCUUCCAAUGGUGAUUGCUUCUGAGUCUUCUGUGGCAGGCGCUCUCCCCCAGGUGCGUCCAUCAACUUCGGAAGGUGACGCGGCGGAGGGUGUCCCCCCUCCUCCAUCCAUGCCCUUUUCACUUGCCUUAUUUCGUCUCGACCCGUCCCCCUCCCCGCCUUCCUCUCGCCCUGCAGACGGUUCUGAAAAGUCCGAUGAUGAUAUAGAGCGCGAGUCCUCGCUGGUGAUGGAUGUGCUUUCCAUCCGUGAGCACUCUUCAACAGACGGCAUGCCGGAGUACCGAGUGCUCAUCGAUCCAUCGGCACUCGCAGAUCGUGCGGCAUCCGGUGUACGAGGUAUCCGCCCACCAAUUGAUGUCCCGUCAGCCUCUGAGGACGGAGGCGACGAAGAAGUUGAAGACGACGAAGCCGCUGCCGACGACAACGACACCGCUUUAGAGCGACUCGAGACAGCUGCACAAUCCAAGGCCUAAGAAGCGAACUAAGCGCACGCAAUCUGCACCUGUUUCACCCACGGCGUCGCUUCGUUUGUGGCUGCCGGCUGUGAUGGUGCGAGCUGUGGUUCCUGGUCUAGUUGAUGCAUAUGAAACGAAA